AUGGAGCUUCAUGCAUCGAAGAAGUUCACAACCAAAAUUGCAAGAUUUUGUGCAAAUGUUAUACUCGAGGACGACGGUGAUACGCGUGAUGAUCCCGACGAUGUAGCCGGGGAGCUAAAAGCUGACUACAAAAUUGGCGGUGUCUACGAGUCAUACGCACAGAAGGCGGGCAAUGGCAUCAUUUUCUAUCUUUUCGUUUUACCAUCCAAAUUAUAUGAAAAGUGUCUGAACAAAACGAGUGAUGUGGAUAAAGUCCUUGGGCACUACAGUUCACUUGGUUUCCAACAAGAGGAUUCUACAACAUCUGCAGCAAACAGCAUAGUGAGCUUUAUCACAAAACAGUUCAAUUCGCAGGUAUCCAUCUUCAAAUCGAGUGAGGCCGAUCAAAAGGUCAAACCGACACGGAAAAAUGGCCAAAAGAAGCGGACCCAGAAGACACGGACCCCAAAAACCUCGAAACGGACUGGAAAGAACCGUCAGUUUCAUUCACCAAAGCCUACAUUUUGCCAGCCGUCUGGCCAAAGUGCCGAGACGACUGUUGAUGGAAGUCUCCACGCUACAAACCCCAAUAGCACAGAAUUUCCGAGUCCAAUGAACUCGCCUCGUCUGCACGAUGGUACGAAUCUUGGAUUGUCGCAUUCUAGUACGGCAAAUGUGGAAGCCUCUGCUCACUCUUUUCAUGAAUACGAAUCCCCUAUUACGGCAGUUGAACCCAUGAACCACGCGAUAUCUGGGGGAUCAAUAGUGUCUCUUUCAAAUGUCUCCUUAGACGCCAGCCAAACUCAACCACUGGCGCUGAGCGGGAUGUUCAACAAUGCCGCUCACUUGAUGAAUGAAUUCCAAUUGGAGCCGAUGACAUAUGGUGCCAAUGCUGCUCAGCUAAUGCACGAAUUCCAUCUAGAAACCUUCAGCCCGGCAGACUACACCAAUGCUGCCCAGCUGAUGCAGCAAUUUGACAUGUCUAAUGGAUACUAUGGUCAGCAGCACUUGUGA